GUCAGCCGGGAUCACACACAGGCAGGGGCACAGGGGGGAAUCAUGUCUGUGGCAUUUGCUUCAGCCAGACCCAGAGGGAAAGGAGAGGUCACCCAGCAAACUAUACAGAAGAUGCUGGAUGAGAACCAUCACCUGAUACAGUGUAUAAUGGAUUAUCAGAGCAAGGGGAAGACGGCAGAGUGCACACAAUAUCAGCAGAUCUUGCACAGAAAUCUGGUAUAUUUGGCAACCAUAGCCGAUUCCAACCAGAAUAUGCAGUCUCUGCUCCCUGCGCCACCAACACAGAGCAUGAAUCUGGGCCCAGGAGGGAUGAGCCAAACAGGCCCCAGCCAGAGCCUUCACUCCCAGGGCAAUCUGAGUGAUGCGCUGGGUGCCAGCCUGCCGCCCUCCUCCCUCAUGCAGAGCCAGAUCAGUAACGGCCCCAACCAUGUGACCAUGCAGCAGUCUGGUCAGACCACUAUGCCCACCACUAGUAUGAGCAUGGCAGUCAGCUCUCAUGGCACAGCACCGGGGUAUAGUCAUGCUGUGCCCAGCUCCCAGAAUAUGCCAUUGCAGAGUCAGAGCAGCAUAGGCAACUAUGUGUCAAGGGCUAAUAUGAACAUGCCUACAAACCCAGCAGUGUCUAUGAUGCACCAGCAAGCUGCCAGCUCUCAUUACACCACGGCACAAGGAGGAGGUCAGCAUUACCAAGGGCAGACUUCAAUGUCCAUUAUGAGCCAGAGUAACCAAGGAAGCACUAUGAUGGGACAGAGGCCCCUGGGACCAUACAGAUCAUCUCAGCAAGGUUCUGCUCAGCAAUAUCUGGGUCAGGAGGAGUACUACAGCGAGCAGUACGCACACAGUCAGAGUUCCUCCGACUCUAUGAGCCAGCAGUAUUACACCGAUGGACAUGGCGACUACGCGUACCAACAGUCCUCCUAUGGCGAACAGAGCUACGACAGGACGUUUGAUGACUCUUCGCAGCACUACUAUGAAGGAGCAGGAAACACUCAAUACAGCCAGCAGCAGAGUGGAUAUCAGCAAGGGACAGGUCAGCAACAGGCGUACUCCCAGCAACAGCAAUACUCCAAUCAACAGAACUAUCCGACACAGCAGCAGCAGGGAUAUGUCCCCGCCCAGGGCUCUUCCUCACAGUAUUCGACUUACCAGCAAGGUCAAAGCCAACCCUACACCAGUUACCGGGCACCACAGACCGCGUCCUCUGCCCAACAACAGCGGCCCUAUGGCUAUGAGCAGGGUCAGUAUGGCAAUUACCAGCAAUAAGUUAAUUUUGUGACCAUUGCGCCCAUGCGCUAUGGUUGGGAGAACUUUGUAUAAUAGCUGACUUGGCUCCCUGCCAUAGUUACUGAAUCCAAGACGGAAGAUCGAUGAUGGAGCCACCGAGACUCUCUCCAAGGAAAGGAAAAAUCACCAAGGAAGAAGUUUUGUGACAACUCAGCCCUUCUGCAUCUGUGAUGUUACCUAGCACACCCACAUUACUGGAUCAUUUCCAAUAGUUCCGACUGAGCCCCUGUCCAACCCACGGGGGCCCGGCCACAUUUGGGAACACAAGCUCAGUGGCUCAUCUGUACAUUUGGCUGUGCUUGGUACUGCAGCUCAAUCUCAUUCCAGCAAAUGGGACUGAACUGCAGUACCAAGUGCAGUCACACUCGUAUGUGUGGUGCUGUGUCUUUGGGGGUCCCAAGGGUCACACACCUACUGAUGAGAACAAUUCUCGUAGAGAUACAUGGAGCUGUUUUCUGGGACCCUCACACUGUAUAGCUGCUUUAACUAUUUCUGUGCUCGUGGCCCCAUUAUUCCAUUGAUUGUUGGGAGUCCCAACGGUCGGAUCCCCAUAUUAAACAUUGAUAGGCCAUCUUCUCCACAAGGUUUUUUUUCUUGUGGGGUAACCUAAUUGGACAUGUGCUGGAUUGUAUUGGCUUUUUAUACUGGUUAGGGCAAGAGUUGGGUGUAAUCCCAUGUCUUCACUCUGAUCUUAAAGUCAUGGCUGUAUGUAUGAGUGAAGACUCUUGGGGGAUGACUGUGUGUAUAUUUGAUGUUUGGAGUAUAUUUUAAUGGAGCACUUUUGAAGAAGCAGGAUUCUUUUUCUGUGUAUGUAUAUUAUUUAGUGUUGCUUUAAGAACUGUACAGUAUGUAUCUUGUAUGUUUUGCUUUCUAAAUGGUUGUAGAAGACGAGUACAGUGUCGCAGCAGGAUAGGCCGGUCAAGGAGAGGCAGCAAUAUAUAGAUAUAUUUAAAUUUUAUUUUAAAUUUGUUUUUUAUUUUGUAUUUAUUACACUGAAUAUUCUUAUUUUACUGAUUUACUUGAUUAUCAGUCAACUGAUAUAUAAAAAAAGAAAACUGGGUAGAUGAAGGAACUGCACCCCAUAAUCACAUUUUUUUUCUUUUCUGUAGAUAUAUAAGUAAUCUACAUAAAAAGUGGAGUUAUGCUGUGAAUACAUUAAAG